CGGUACCCGCGGUGUGCAUGCUUUGGCUCGAUUGAUUGAGAACUGUACAGGACACAAUUCAGAUUGAUCUUGGGAAGAAAAGCUGUUAUUAAUCGUCAAAUAUGGCUCUUCGAACGCAGUUUGAAAGUAAUAAUGAAAUUGGUGUAUAUUGCAAACUUACAAAUGCAUACUGUCUCGUAGCAGUUGGUGGUUCAGAAAAUUUUUACAGUUUAUUUGAAGCAGAGCUUGGAGAUGCUGUUCCUGUUGUUCAUUCUUCAAUAGAUGGAUGUAGGAUAAUUGGAAGGCUUACUGCAGGCAACAGACACGGUCUGCUUGUACCCAACUCCACAACAGAUCAGGAAUUGCAGCACAUUCGUAAUGCCCUUCCAGACAGUGUAGCCAUCCAAAGAAUAGAGGAAAAGCUGUCUGCCCUUGGUAAUGUCAUCGCUUGCAAUGAUUAUGUAGCCUUGGUACACCCAGAUCUUGAUAAGGAAACGGAAGAAAUCAUAGCAGAUGUUCUCAAAGUGGAGGUGUUUAAGCAAACAGUAGCUGGUAAUCCAUUGGUCGGUACCUAUAGUGUCAUCAGUAAUCAGGGAGGAUUGGUACAUCCAAAGACCACAAUUCAAGACCAAAAUGAGCUGUCAUCCUUAUUACAAGUUCCCCUAGUGGCCGGUACAGUGAACCGCGGUAGUGAAGUGCUUGGAGGAGGUAUGGUAGUCAACGAUUGGUGUGCGUUCUGCGGAUUAGACACUACCACUGCUGAGCUCUCCGUCAUCGAAAAGGUCUUCAAGAUUGGUGGAGAACAAACGGCUACCAUAGCAUCGGAUAUGAGAGAUUCACUUGUAGAUAGUCUGACAUAAAUUUGCUUCAAUUCCAACAUCCCAUCUGAUUGCUGGUCCUGUAAUACUCCCAAGCACAUGAUGAUUACAUUCAAGCAUGGACUCAUUGGUAGAGGAUAUAACAAGAAUAUUGUUAUCCAACGUGAAACAAAUUAAUCCUUGGGUAUGACCUUGAAACGUUGCCUGGAUAACAAACAUUGAUUCAUCUGUACUGGAUGUAUUACCGCAGGUUGGGACACUUGAAAUCAAGUAAUUAUGAAGUCAUAAUAGAUGGUGCGACAUCCCUUAAAUUCUGAAAAACGUUACUCCUUUUUUUUUACUGAGUAAUAGGUUUAUUUUUUUGUGAUAAUUUCUACUUGGAAUGUAAAUUUCCAUAUUGACUUUGUGGUAUUCCUUGUUGGUUGCUCUUUCAGCCUGUGAAGGGUG